CGUGUAUGAAUGGGAGAACCGAUGAAAUGGCGGUAUGUAUCUUCACGUUAACGAUGAUCUUGAAAGAUGUUUCUGAACUGAGGGAGGACCACUGCAGAAAACUUAACUACGUCAGAGAAUGCAUAAAGUUCCAACUAGACGCUUGUGAGUUGUCAGACAUUUUAAAAGUCUUUGAUGUGCCAAUUAAUGCUAUGUUUGGUAUUAUGCCUUGUGCCAACCUUACCGAGGAGCAAAUGGGUACAUGGAUGGACAUGCCCACGUUUGUUGAUGAUGUAGGUGAUGAUUUUGAAAUGCAUAUUUUCAAGCAAAUCUAACAUUUUCCAUUCCAAUACUUCGGGUCAACAUGUAGAAAGAUUUGUACGAAUAACAAAUCAUUAUAAAUAGAGUGUGGCAUUUGAAAAAUAAAUUAAUAAAAUGAAAACUAAAACGAAUUCCUGAACAAACAAAUCAUAAAAAGGAAAUCUCCAUUCGCUUGACACAGUUCAAGUCCAUCCUCUGUAAAACCAUCAU